AUGUUUCCUUUGUCGAACAUUGUAUAUCUCUGCUGUACCCUGACCGAAGGCUUGGCACUAGUUACCUCAUCAUUUUUAAUUGCAUACACUCCUCAAGAGGCUUGGCCCCAUUUCCGCAAUCAUGAAUGUACUCUGUGUUCGUGGUUUAAAGUAGUGGCGGUCGUGCAGAGGUGUGCGAAGAGUAUAUAUGUGCUCUACUGGCUCCCUCUGCAUUCUGUAAGGCUCGGUGCACUGAGUGCACACUCAGACUUGUUGGUCUCAAGUGUUCAUGAUUCACUGUACCUCCAUAUGAUUGAAGCAGCAGCUGUAGUCUUGCAUUUCUACCUAGUUCUGACAGUCUGA